AUGUGCCAACCUCCACCACCCCAGAACACAAACCUAAGCACCACUGCCCCACCCAUACCACCUGUAAUCAUAUCCACUGCCACCCCAGCUGUAGUACCGCAACCCAGCUUCCAUGGAGACUACGAAAAGUGUGAGGAAUCUACCAACUGGAUCAGGAAGUAUCUACUGUCCUUCCCACCAUCCUACUCAGAUGUAGAUAAAAUCACCUGGUUCGAGCUACAAUGUGCAGCUGCAAGUUCUGUGGAAGCAUGGUUCACUGCACUCCCGGCAGCAGACACAGCAUUGCUGACAGCCUUCAUCACAGCCUUCAAAAGGUGUUGGCCCCUGCCAGCCCAUGUUGUACUCACAGUGGGCCAGAAGAAAGACUGA